UGUAUAAAUACACACACACACAUAAUCCCAAAGACCCAAAAAAAACAAACCAAAACCACAACUUCCACACCCACUUUAGUGUGUGUGAUUGUGUGUUUCAAUGGCUAGAAGAAAAGGUGAUGAUGGGUCAAUCAGAAAGAAGCAGCAGGAGCUGAACAGAGGAGCUUGGACGCCCGAGGAAAACCGGAAACUGGCCGAAGCAGUCACCAUCCACGGCGCUAAAGAAUGGCCAACCAUUGUUUCCAAAGCCGGUUUGAACCGUUGCGCCAAGAGUUGCCGGCUUAGAUGGAUGAACUAUUUGAGACCGAAUAUCAAACGAGGCAAUAUGUCCGAUCAAGAAGAGGAUUUGAUCAUCAGACUACAUAAACUCCUCGGAAAUAGAUGGUCACUGAUAGCGGCGAGGUUGCCGGGUCGAACAGACAAUGAGAUAAAGAAUUAUUGGAACUGCCAUUUGAGUAAGAAGAAAUCGGAGGAGGAAGCGUUGGUUGCAGGAAUUUCAAUGGGGUCAAAGAGCGGUCAACGAUUCAUCGGGGAAGAAGAGAACAAUAAUAACAAUAGUAAUAAUAAUAAUAAUAACAACAGGGCAAGUUGCAGCAGUGGUGUUGAGGUGUCAUCAGAAGAAGAACAAAAAACAAGGUUUGAUGUGAAUGAUUUCUUUGAUUUCUCAAAUGAGAAUCCUUCAACUUUGGAGUGGGUAACCAAAUUCAUUGAAUUUGGUGAGUGAUGCUUUGUUGAAUUUGUCUUCUACAUAAAACUUUUGACUUAUUCAUAUUUGCCUCGUUGACUCUGUUUUGUUAAUCAGCAAAAAAUAGGCUGUUCUUGGUGUAAAUAAAAGCUUCGGUUUUCACAUUUGGCUAAGGCCUCGUUUGGGAAUGUUGAUAGGAUUCGUAGGAUUGAUUGAACUACAAUGUAAUGUCUUAUAUUUGGGAUUUGUGAUUAUACAAUCUUUGUAUAAUAAAGUCUAAGAAGUAAACGGUUUCGGCUAGC